GCAGGUUUAGCUCUGGCCUUCUGUCCCUGAUAGUGAAACGGUAAACGGGAAGGGGAAGAAGAGACACAAAUUAAGAUGGACUGAAUGAUAUGCCAUAGGAAAAUUUUAGAUUUAAUUUUUUUUUUUCUUUAAAUAGCAGAUGGCGUUGCCAGACUCGAUCACUACUUGCCUUUCUCAACCUGUGCAUUAUGCGAUUUGCAAACUUGGAUUUGAGAAGAAAGACAACUAUGAUAUUAAUAAUGUUUUAUCUGGAAAUGGGGAAGUAUGUUGGCAAGCUGUUACAGAACAUGUGUGUUACCUUGAAUCAGAUGAAAGUGUGGAUUAUAUCAAAAGCAUACGAUCUUUAGGACCUGUCUGCGAAUCUGUUAAUUUGUACUUCAAAUCUCUGAGCAAGGAGCAAUUUGUAAUUCAGUAUGCAUCGUGGUUCCACUGGACUAACUGCACAGAGGUAUUUCUUGAAGUGUUUGAUGUUUUACAAUGUACACAAACUACAGAAAUUGCUCUUGGCUUAAUGAAACUAACAUCCUGCUUGGAGCGAGCCUUGGGUGACGUGUAUUUACUUAAGGGCAAUGAUUGUCCUUUCCUUCUAAGAGACUUGCUUGCAUCUGAGCAGCUUGCAGAUGUCUUUGGACAAGCCGUAAUGAAUGUACUGAGGGUAUUCAUUGGAUCUCCACAUGGUCUGAACCUUCGUAAUGUUUUGUGGCACGGGUUUGCAUCACCACAAGAAAUUCCUGCCAAAUACUGUGCUAUGCUGCUUUUGUUAACUGCAGGAUUGGGUCAGUUGUUGCAGACUUAUCUUCUGCAAACUAAGGGUGUUUUAGUGCAUCGACCUUAUGUGAUCUUCAUUAGCUUAGAGGAACUUGAUGCAUUUCCAGAUCUUAAUGAUGAAAUACUUUCCAUAGCUGAAGAACUUGUAAAAUUGUCCAGUUUUGUAUUAAAAACAAUGUUACCAUUUUGGAUCGCUGCUUUAACAGCUUUCAGGAAUAGCAGGUAUGCUGACAGUGUGAUUCUCUUACUUCCUCAGCUGGAAGUUGGACUUAGAUUACUCUUCACUACAACUAAUAAAUGUCCAAAUCGAUUGCUAACAGCAGAGUCUUCUGCGUUCUACACCACUUUUGAUGAGAUGUUAGCAAAACAUUUGGAUAAUGAAGAAGUCAACCAGCUACCUGUAGUUCUUGAGGAGCCUGCCAUGGACUUCCUUUGGGAUUUCUUGAACCACCAGGAAGGCCCACGUAUAAGAGAUCGUUUAAGCCAUGGAGAGAUAAAUCUAGAAACAUUUCCCAGAGAAGUAGCUAAUCAGAUAAUUGGAUUUGCUAUUACUAUUCUCUGCAGAUUCUCAGAUGAGGAUAUGUAUUCUUUUAAGGAACACAUGGUCCUAAAACCACUGAUGAACUGUGCAAGCUGCUACCGAUCUCGAUUUCAUCCAAUUUCCCGACUCAAGAAACAGGUUUUUGAGGUGCUGGAAUGUAUGAAGAGCAUCCAGUUAUGGCCUGAAUUGCCAAUAGUGCCUGAGGAGCAAGUAGAAAAAAUUGAACGGUUGGAAGCAAAUGCUGAAGCUGAUACUUUAAUUUUGAUGAUAUCUGAAAUUAUAUCUCAGUUGCAGCAUUAUAUGCCCCAGGAUUUCUGCAGUUCAGAUGAUCCUAUCAAUAGUGUCCUAACAGAGAGGCUGCUGGUGGAACUCUGUGAUACACGCAUUUGCACGCUGUAUUCCCCGCGACCUGUCCUGGAAGCAGUGGCGGUGCUCCGCAGAAUAAGCGCGCAGUGCCAUCAAGUGUCCCAGCAGGUUAUUGCGGGCGCUGGGCUGAGAUACACGCAGUGGGUCAACAAGACUCUGCGUUCUCGCCAGAGGCACAACUAUCGGCGGAUGCUGAACAGCAUUAAAUUUUUGUCUCCAGUAUUGCGGCUCAUCUUACUAUUGAUUACUCUGGAACUAGUCAGUGUUCAUUCAGUUUGUAAGAAGAAUCCUUUUGAUUAUCAGCAGUAUCUAAAGUUUUUGAAGUCAGUCUUGCAGUACACUGAGAACUUGGUGACAUAUACAAGCCCUGAGAAAAACAAGUGGGAUGAAACCAUGGAACUUACAAAGAAGACUUUGAUAAAAAUAAGGAAAAUCAGUGACAGAAAGCUAAUGUUAAUGCAUCUAGCUACGUGAACUAAAUGGGCUUAUGAUUGGAUAUUGUUAUAUCUAAACAGUUACAGCGACCUCAUAUUUGAUAAAUCUAAUUCAAAGACAAACUUCAUAAGUCAUUAUCAAAUUUUGGAUGCAAAAUUUACUCCUUUUAUCAGAAGGUUGCUGCUGAUACUGGAGAUGAAUGAUCAAGCUUCCAGAGAAUGGGUUAUUUGUCAAAUCCACUGAAAAAGUUUUACUGUGAACUAAAUCAGGAUGAUACAAAUUCUACUAUAAAUAUAUCUUGUGUUUUGUACAUUGAUUUUUUAAUAUUUUUUUUCAUUUCCUACUGUACUGAAAAAUACCUCAAAAAAUGUGAAUAAAAGCUCUGGAAAUUUUAAAAUCAAAAAAGUAAUUUUUUACUUUGGAAUAUAUCAGCUGUUAUGUCAGAGACUGUGAUCAACUGGUUAAGAAAUGAAGAACUUUCAACUUAAAAUAGUGCUCAUUGGCAUCUGUGGUUGUUGUUAGUUGUAAACAGUCUGAUCUUGCUCUGAAUUCUGAGGCAGAGCUGGUAACACAGUAACCAGUUGUUUAUAGAUGAGGAUUUAAAGGAGACAGGAUGGAUAUUUCUGCAGAAGAAUGCUUCUGCACAGUAUGUGUUUGUUUUGUUUCAUUUCAUCUGCUCAUUCCAAUACAUAUUUAGUUAAAUUCUUACAGUAUGAAUAUGAACAUGCAUAUGCAUGUGCUUACAGACAUGAAUUCACUGUGGUUUAGAAAGUUAUCCUCUUAUUACACACAAUAUUAAUUUGAAUAUUUUAGUUUUUCAAAAUAAUUUUACCCCUUUUUCAUCACUGAAGAGUAGAACUUCACAGGAAUGCAUGGGUUGAAGAACAGAUUUACAGAAGACCACCAGUGU